AUGAAUCCUGCUAGUAAAACAUUUUGGCCUGUAGUAGCAGCAGUUGGUUUUGGUGUUGGUUUUCUUGGCUACUGUGUUUAUUUCGAUCGAAAACGACGAAGUGCACCUGAAUUUCGUGAAAAAUUAAAAGCUAAACGCAAGAAACAAAAACAACAACCUGGUAGCUCAAACGAAAAUUUUACUAUUAAUUCAAAUGAUCCUGACGAAAUGCGUCGUUAUUUUCUUGAACAAAUUCAACGAGGAGAAGAUUGUUUAUCUCGCGGUGAUCUUGACAAUGGAGUCGAUCAUCUAGCAAAAGCUAUUGCCGUUUGUAGUCAACCUCAAAGUCUGAUGUCAUUAUUUCAACAAACAUUACCACCUGAAUUGUUCCAAGAAAUUAUCAUGCGUUUACCACGAGUUGCUCCAUCUCUGCUUGGUACAUCUUCAUCACCUUUUGGAGGUGCAACCAUCUCUGAACCAGAUCUAGAAUAG